GCCGUCACCUGGCAGGAACCGGAAGCUGGAGUUAUAAAGCAAAGGAAGCCGAAACCUGCGCCGGGUUUUCUUUUCCCCUUCCUUUUACCUCCCUGUUCUAAUCGCGUUCCAGCCAGUGUCCCUCCGGCCUAGCAGCACUUUCGCUAUGGCUCUCAGCGAUGCUGACGUGCAAAAGCAGAUUAAGCAUAUGAUGGCUUUUAUUGAACAGGAAGCCAAUGAGAAAGCAGAAGAAAUAGAUGCAAAGGCAGAGGAAGAGUUCAACAUUGAGAAAGGUCGUCUUGUGCAAACCCAAAGACUGAAGAUUAUGGAAUACUAUGAGAAGAAAGAAAAGCAGAUUGAGCAGCAGAAGAAAAUUCAGAUGUCUAAUUUGAUGAAUCAAGCAAGGCUCAAAGUCCUCAGAGCGAGAGAUGACCUUAUUACAGACCUACUAAAUGAAGCAAAACAAAGACUCAGCAAAGUGGUAAAAGAUACAACCAGGUACCAGGUGCUGCUGGAUGGUCUGGUGCUCCAGGGUUUGUACCAAUUGUUGGAGCCGCGAAUGAUUGUUCGUUGCAGGAAACAGGAUUUCCCUCUGGUAAAGGCUGCAGUGCAAAAAGCGAUUCCUAUGUACAAAAUUGCCACCAAAAAAGAUGUUGAUGUCCAAAUUGAUCAGGAGGCCUAUCUGCCUGAGGAAAUAGCUGGUGGAGUUGAGAUCUAUAAUGGAGAUCGUAAAAUAAAAGUUUCCAAUACCCUAGAAAGCCGGCUGGAUCUCAUAGCCCAGCAGAUGAUGCCAGAAGUUCGGGGAGCCUUAUUUGGUGCAAAUGCCAACAGGAAGUUUCUGGACUAAGCCUUUGGGAGAGGUGGAGUUGAUCCACUGCUCUCUGGCUGUGAUGUGGAAGUUUCUAAUAAUUUGAAGAAACAAGAUAUCUGUGUGGCUUCCUCUUUCUUCACUGUUCUAAUAUUCUGUAUUUAUCAGUGGAUACUCUUCUGUAGCUAAUGCCUGUGGCCUAAUUGUUAACAAUGAGAGCAAGUUCCACUUAAUGUAAUCAGGAAACCUCCUUCUAGCUACUCUAAAAGUAGCACAGCUUUCAUUUGCUUCUGUAGCAUGAAGGUGAGGGUAUCAGAUGGUGGUUAUGGGAGCUUCACCAAGUCUUUGCUCUUCCUCUGAUUUCAGUUCUCCAGUCUAGAGGGUGACGUGUAUAGUGUUCUCUGAUAUUAAAUCUCUGCUUUUAGGCUUAAAAUGCAUGGUGGGGGGUGGGGGCACGCAUUCCUUCCAGCAGUAGUAGCUUCACUGUUAACCUGUUUGGGCCUAGAAGUGUUCCUCAUCUGUAAAUGUGAUUUAAAAUCUAAGCCGUGAAUAUGUUUUAUUUAUUAAAACAAAAGGUUUACAUGGA